UGAUGCCAAUAAAAAAGACGGCGUUUGUUGUUCUAUACACCAACAAAAACUAUCGUCCAGAAAUUUGCGCAAAAUAUAUUCAAUUCCAAACCAUUAAUAUUUGUGAAACAAUUCUUUUUGUAUAAUUUUGUCUUUUUACAGUGAAAACAAUUUAGAAUCAUCGAAUGUUAGUGAAAACGUGAAUAUUUUUGUUUAUUUUGUGAAAUUCUUGACGCUCACACAUACUCACACACACAUACACGCAGAAGAAAAAAAAAUUAGUGAGAAGAAAAAAGAGUGCGACGUUAUGGAGCAAUCGGAAAAAUCGGAACAGCCUGGAGAGGUCAUUGAAGAUUUGAGUAUGAAAAAAAUUGAUGAAGAAAAAACGGAGGCGAAAGAAAUAAAUGAAGAUAUUGAAAAUGAAGAUGUGGAAAUGAGUGAGCCCACGGAAAAUGAAGAGAAACCAGAGUUAGAAAACGAUGCAGAAAAAACUAAAUGCUAUGAUGAAAACAAAGAAACCGAAACGAAAACAGAAGAAAUCGAACCUUUUGAAGAGAAAGAAGAGGUGAAAAAGCCUGAAAACGAAAGUGAGACUGAAAAAGAUGUACCUGCAAUAGAUACAACACCCGAAAAAGAUAAUGACAGUGAUGGAGACGAUGAAAAUGAUGAGGAUACGGAGGGUGGACCAAAAUUGGAGUUUCAAGUCGGGCGAACGGUUACACUUCAAAUGCUUUUGGCUGCAAAAUUGCUCGAACCCGGACCAGCCGCAAUGAGUAUUGAAUAUUUGGGUCAAAAAUUUGUCGGUGACUUAUUGCCCGAUGGCAGAAUCAAAUCAAUUGAGACAGAGACGAUCUUUUGUUCACCCAGCGCAUGGGCAAUGCAUUGCAAGAGAAUUAUCAAUCCGGAGAAGAAAAGUGGCUGUGGUUGGGCAUCGGUUCGAUAUAAGAACAAAAAAUUGGAUGCCAUCAAAACAACUUACUUGAGAAAGUGUCAAAUUCAAAGAGACUCUAACCUCAGCGAUGAAGCCGAAGCUGAUUUGGAUUGCAAGCCAGGACUGCCCGAGCUCGAAAUCAAACGCAUUGUAUUACCAUUCAACACAGUAAACAAUCGUCAUAUUGUUCAUGAUCCCAAUACACUGGUGGAAUCUGUUUCGUUUGUAUCACUGAACAAACUGCAACCAUUUUUGGUAUCAAUCACAACAUCCUCAGUGUUGCUCAUGGAUUUUCACUGUCAUUUGACAAAGCAAGAGGUGUGCGGCUACUUGGGAGGAAGUUGGGACAACAAUACCCAAACAUUGGCAAUAACACAUGCAUUCCCCGUGCGAAAUACUCGCCAUGAUCGUCACUAUGCUAUUGAGAUUGAACAGCAAAUUCAGCGUAAUAUGUUGAAGAAAAAUUUGAUUUUGGUCGGUUGGUAUCAUAGUCAUCCUCGUAUUGCUGCUCAGCCAACGUUAAGAGAUUGCGAUGCCCAAUUGGAGUAUCAAAUUAAAAUGUGUGGAAUAUCAGAUGAAACCUAUACACCGUGCGUUGGAUUGAUUUGUGCGCCGUAUUAUUCAGAGAAUCCGACAUUGGAAUCGAGUAUCAGUGCAUUCUGGGUGGUUCCACCGCUCGACAAUCGACCAAUGGAAUAUGGUCGCCCGAUGUCGAUGCAAUUUUCCGUAUCACAAGAUCUUGAAAUGUCCGAACACAUAAAAACUGAAAUGCUGUUGGCAAUCGACUACUACCGGCAAUAUGACAACGAAAUGGUAAAUUUCGAUGCAAAAUACGACGACGACGUUACAUUCAUUGAAAAAUUAAAGACAACAUUAUAUACGAAAUUUCCGCGUGAACAAAAUGAUUUUGAGUUUUGGAAUUGGUUGCGGCAAAAUUUAGGUCUGCAACCAGAAACUGAAUUCACUCCGCCGAAAUUGUGGUCAUCAAGCAACGAACAAAACGCACAAGGAAGUCAAAUAAAUACGCGUGGCACGGCAGUAGAAUCAACCCAAAUGACAACCCAUAAGAUGGCUCCCAUUUUUGGCGUAAAAGAUGUGGAAAUGAAAGAGCCGGAAAUCGUUGAAAUUAAAGAUGACGAUGAUGAUCGUAUUAAAGACUCAGAUAUUCCGGCAAAUCUAUCGAUGUCAACAAGUAUGGAUUCAAAGGAUAUCAAAGAUGAGAAAUUGCAAAUUCGAUCGCUGCAGGAACAAUUGAAAUUGCCAUCGGGUUUGAAUAUGACACCAUCACCAAUAUCAUCGAUUCCAUUGUUGCAACCAACAAAAAGUACAUCAAGUUCAAGUACGGCCACAAACAAUCCCGUUCCAAUGGUUUCACCGCGGGAUAGCCCCAUUUCAACCCCAUCGAAUUCAGCUAGUCCGGCCACAAAAUUCGAUAUAAGACCACCGGCCACACCAUCACCGGCCAAAUCAGAUGCAUCAUCGACACGAAAUCGGAAUUCACCAUUGCCGGCCAACUUAAGCAAAUAUCCUGCUUAUCACAAUACACCAACAUCAACGAAAACAGGUUCCAUUGCAAACGACUCAACUUUGGCCGCCACCAAAGCCAUGGAAGAAUUGUUGGCUGCCUCAUUUCCAGGCGGUAAAUUCCCAUACUCGUCCAAUGACUAUGCUACUCUAUUGCAACAAGCAUCGUCUAAAGAUCUGACUGCUGCCGCGAAUCUGUUGGCAUCGAUUCCACCUGGCGAUAAACACGCUUCAUCUUUAGCAGCUGCUGCAUUGGAUCCAUCAACCAAUAUGAAAGAUUUCUUAUCACAAUUGGAGAAAAGUACUGAGCUUAGCUAUCUAUUGCAACAACAAUAUCAAUAUCCAGGCUUAGCUGGUAUGUCACACAUGGGUCAAGGCUCAAAUUCAUCAUCGAAUGUACAAAUUACUACACCGAAAUCAACGAAACAUUCAAAACGUAAUUCACGUUCGUCGUCAAAUUCAUCGGUACAGAGAAAUUUCGAGGAUGAAUUCAAGAGUGAAUCGAGCAAAAAAUCUGAUCCAUCGAAUAAUUCGUAUCAUGAGUAUGCACAGUUUUUAUUAAAUCAAGCAGAAGCAUUGAAUGCAGCUGUUGCCCAUCAAAAUUACGGUGAGAUUUCGUCGAUUGUAUCGGCAAUAAAUACAUUGCCAACAAAUACAUCGGUGAGUGCAAUGUCGUCACGUAAAUCGCGUAAGUCGUCGACGACCACUCAACCAAUUCAAUCCGUUUCAUCACAACCAUCACUUGCCGAAUUAAGCCAAUUGUUGCACGGGACAUCUUCAUCGAGCUCAAAAAUGCAAGAAAUUUUACGACAAAUGGAAAGCACCACGGCUGGUUUGAAUAUAAAACAGUCCCAGAAACAACAACACCAACAGCAGCAGCAACAGCAGCAACAACAACAUCAACAACAGCAACAACAACAGCAGCAACAACAUUUGAAUUUACUUUCAUCAAUGCAACAACAAUUAGGCCAAUCAAGCAAAGGUUCUUCCAGUGGUUCAUCGUCAAAAAAUAAACAAUCGCAAAAUAAUCAAAUUUCCGACUACAUGACAUUGCUGUCGCAAGCAAAAAUUCCUGAUCUGGCCACAUUAAUGGCUCAAUCGUAUGGCAGUGGAAACGAUGGAAGCGAUUUAUCAAUGCUACUUCGUUCUCAAUACGAUCAGCAUGGCAUGAAUAAAAAUUCCGAUUUGGCAUCGUUGAAUGCAUCAAUUGAUAUGCUUGGCAAUUUGUUUUCAUCGGGCAAAAAUCCGUCCGAUUUAAAUUCCAUCAAUUCACUCCUAUUUCCGCAAGGUGGCAAAGGUGUAUCAUCACAAUCGGAUAUAACAAAUUUCUUAGCGGCUGCCGGCCAUCAGUCGAUGAAUCCACCAUCAUCAUCACAGUCAUUUUCAAAAAGUUCAGCGCUUAACAAUCCAUACUACUCACAAUCGGCCGCCGCUCUCGAUAAAGCACAACAAGACUUAAUUGCAUUAUACAGUGCAAAUCCGAUUUCAUCGUCAAUGUCUGGUGGUAGCAGUAAAUUUCCAACCAUUCCAGAUCCAUUAUCGAAAUCAACUUUGGCCGCAAACAAUAUGUUCAUGAAUCCAUCAUCAAUUUAUGCAAAAAUCCAACAGGAUGCAUUGAACGCAAUGAUCAUGAAGCCACCGUCAAAGACCAGUUCAAAAGGUGAAUCAAAAUCACGUGAAACAUCCGAGUCGCCAGCAUCACGCAUAAUGGCAUCACCAUCAUCGACUCCAUCACCGUCAUCAACAAAACAUAAUUUUAGCGUUGUUGAUUUGGCUGUUUCGAGUGUAAAUCAAGGUCGGCCAUCCUCACGAUCGCCGCACAAAAAGCAAUUUUCAAUAUCAGACUUGGUGUCACCGCCACCAUCCAAAAUGAUGAAAUUUGCCGAAAACUUUGCACAUGACGCUCACAACGAUGACAAGGCUGAAGUAUUAAAUCUAUCCGGCAACAGUUCCGAUAAAUAAUUUAAAACAAUUUAGACUAAUCUUCUACAAGUAUUCAAGCACAAAAAAAAAUCUUAGAACUGAAAAGUAUUCAAGCGAUUAUAGUUUUGGACAUUUUUUUCUAUUUUCGAAAUUUCGUCGGUAAAUUUCACUUUAUAUUUAUUUUAAUCGAAUUUUUAGCUGUAACGUAUUUGUUCGUCAUCAUUCAUCAUAUUUUUCACAAAAGAAAAAAAAAACCGGGAAAGUAUUUGUAUUUUGGGCUCUCUCCCGACUGAAUCUCUAUAUAUAUUUGGAAGCAUAUUCUUUAUUUUCUAUAAGUUUUGCGAAAGUAUUAUUUUUUUGUUCUUUUGUAGCUCAAUAAAUAAAUUCAUAUCUA